UGAUACAUUAAAGAUAAAACCAUUUUUAACUACCACCAGCAUUUUAAUCCUCUAUAAUUAAGAGUUCAAACAGAGUUUUUGGUUUAUCACUUCUAGUUGCACGGAUUGUGUUGUUUUUUCUCACUGUUUUGCGUGUAUAUAUAAGUACGUGCUUAUAUACUUUAUCAAAUGAUAACUUCAUCAUCCACCACCUCCUAAAUACUCUUCUGUUGCUGUCAUCUUCUUUCGCUUUUUCAAUUGUCUGUGAACAAGUAGAACAUACAUGGCUUCCUCUGCCUGUUUCUUCAAGAUUGUUCUCAGACAAAACCUUGAAGAUGGAAACCUUGAGGUACCAAAAACGUUCAGUAUGAAACAUGGUGACAGUGUUCCAAAUCCAGUGUAUCUGAAGCCUCGAGAUGGCACUGCAUGGAAGAUAGAUUGGUCUGAGUAUGAUGGUGCGAUUCUAUUUGAAAAUGGUUGGAAAGAAUUUGCUUCAUAUUACUCUUUGGAUCAUGGCCAUUUGCUGUGGUUUGAGUACAAUCAAACUUCUAACAUUGAAGUAAACAUUUUUGACAUGACUUGCCUUGAAAUAGACUAUCCUUCCAUGGAUCACAUCAGCGAUGAUGAUUCGAUUGAGAUCUUGAAUGAACUGCCGCCACGAGGCUGGCCGAGGAAAACAGAGAAAGCAGCACCAAAGACACCAUCUCCUUCUACAAGUAAAAUGUUCACAAGUUCUGCCAAAACUGAAGUAGUGAAAUGGUGCCCUGAAAUAGACUAUCCUUCGAAGGACCACAUUGAUGAUGACAACAUGGUUAUGGUUGAGAAUGAACCGCCACGAAGAGGCCGAGGGCGGCCGAGAAAAACAGAGAAAGCAGCACCAAAGACACCAUCUGCUUGUACAAGUAAAAUGUUCACAAGUUCACGAAGAGGCCGAGGCCGGCCGAGGAAGACAGAGAAAGCAGCACCAAAGACACCAUCUCCUUGUACAAGCAAAAUGUUCACAAGUUCUGCCAAAACUAAAGAAGUGAAAUGGUGCCCUGAAAUACACUAUCCUUCCAAGGACCACAUUGAUGAUGACAACAUGGUUGUGAAUGAACCGCCACGAAGAGGCCGAGGCCGGCCGAGGAAAACAGAGAAAGCAGCACCAAACACACCAUCUCCUUGUACAAGCAAAAUGUUCACAAGUUCUGCCAUGACUAGAGUAGUGAAAUGGUGCCCUGAAAUAGACUAUCCUUCACGAAGAGGCCGAGGCCGACCGAGAAAAACAGAGAAAGCAGCACCAAAGACACCAUCUUCUUGUACAAGUAAAAUGUUCACAAGUUCUGCCAAAGCUAGAGUAGUGAAAUGGUGGCGUGAAAAAGACUAUCCUUGCAAGGACCACAUUAAUGAUGAACCGCCACGAAGAGGCCGAGGCCGGCCGAGAAAAACAGGGAAAGCAGCACUAAAGACACCAUCUGCUUGUACAAGUAAAAUGUUCACAAGUUCUGCCAAAACUAGGUGCCCUGAAAUAGACUAUCCUUCCAAGGACCACAUUGAUGAUGACAACAUGGUUAAGGUUGAGAAUGAACCGCCACGAAGAGGCCGAGGCCGGCCGAGGAAAAAAUUGAAAGCAGCAGCAGAAGUAUCAUCUCCUUCUACAAGUAAAAUAUUGAUGAGUUCUGUCAAAACUGGAGAUGUAGAGAAGGGCCCUGAUAAACAAAACUGGAUGCAGUGUUGCAAGAAUGAAGAAGCUAGUCAAUCUGAAUGAAGAAUGCAGUGUUGCAGUGUUGAAAGCAGCGUACGCAUAUAUUCCUCAUAAAAUAUUUUACAUAUGGCGUAUUGCAUUUCAUAUAACUAUGCAAUAAAUAUGUUAUUGUUCUUAGGCUGUGUUUAAAUUUCGUUCAAAUGAAUAAAAAUUACUGUGUUGUUUGAAGCUUGAACUUAGCUACAAGUAACUUUUAUGCAAAUUUUUAUGGUGUACAUGUAAAGUUGUUCAAGAGG